AUGGCAAAAUCAUCAGCAUUCUCGGCGGGUAUGGGAAAAGUGGCUUGGAAUUCAUCAUCUUUAUGUAAAUCACGAAGGAAUUUUCAUUCUUCGAACAUAUUAAAUUUUAAUCGAGGUCUUGCUCCGAAUCAUGAUAAGAAUGUAAAACAACAACAACAACACAAUGCUUCCUCAUCACCAUCAUCAUUAAUGGAAAAUACAAAAUUACAAAUCAGCACGAGUACAAUAGAAUUUAUUAAUUUAAUUUCGGAACAAGUUAAUUCUAGAAAGGAAUUCAUCAAGGCUACUUUCAGUGAACCAAGACAGACAACAUCAAUUAAUAAUGGUACCACUAUUAGAGAGGAAUUAAAUUUGGGAGAGGUUGAAAUAUUCAAGUUUUCAGUGAGGCCGAUUAUGAUGAUGGAUUCAAAGGCUUGUUUUCAAUUUAGUUUGUUUUUGAAGGAUGGAAAGGCAAUUCAUAGAAAUUUCGAGGAUUUAUCACAAGUAUUGCGAAUUAUUCAAGAAUUAAUGGACAAUGCAAGUUAUCAGCAAGUUUUGAUUCAGAGAAGAGGUUCAGCAGAGGACAUUCACAUGCUUGUGAAGUAUGAUAAGGAAACAACUAAGAUGAAACAAGUGAAAGUAAGCAAGAUUGCAAAUUUGGCUAAGGCAACAACAAGCACUAGAGAAUCAUCGACAGUGGAGAAUGAGUUUUCACACAACAGAAAGAAGGAUUACAUUUUGGAAGAGGGCAAGUUGAUUAAUUUCCUUGUUGAAUUGGGGAUACAACAUGAAACUUCUGGUAAGAUCCUCGCUCAGAAAUAUAACAAGUUCAAGCAAAUGAAUCACUUUUUGGAGAUUUUCAAGGAGAGUAUAUCAUCUCUAUUACACCAGAAGGGAAAUGUAGAAAAUAUGACAUUGAGAAUUGUUGAUUUUGGAUGUGGAAAGUCAUAUCUCACUUUUGCUAUUCACUACUAUUUGAAAGAAGUGCUGAAAAUUGGAAAUGUACAAAUUAUUGGUUUGGAUUUGAAGAAGGAUGUCAUUCAACAUUGCAAUAACAUUUCAAAAAAGUAUUCCUAUGAAAAGGAGUUGAAAUUUAUGGUAGGAGACAUUCAUUCAUUUGAUGCUUCUUCACAUUUCACUGCUGGUGAAUACAAAGAUGAUUCCCAAGUAGACAUUGUUGUUUCCUUGCAUGCCUGCAAUACAGCAACAGAUAAGGCCCUCGAACAAGCCACAAGAUGGAAGAGUCAAAUUAUUCUAGCCGUUCCAUGUUGCCAACACGAGGUCUACCAACAAAUGAAACAUAUGAAAUCCCUCCCAGAGAAUCACUUUAUGGAACCACUAUUACAACACAACAUUUUCAAUGAAAAAUUUUGUUCCAUUUACACAGAUGCAUUGAGAUGUCAACUUUUGGAAAUUAUGGGCUACAAGACAAACGUUAUUGAAUUUAUUGAUACAGAACAUACACCAAAGAAUGUAAUGAUUAGGGCAACUAGAAGCAAUACUAGUCCUGAAAAAAGAUCUACCCUUAUAUCCAAGUAUCGAAGCAUGCUUGAUAAUCUUCCCGUAAAAAUUACACUAGAACAGUUAUUGUUUCCUAAAGGGCUUGAAUGA